AUGAAGAAAGCAACAAGGAACUUCAAAGACGGUGUUAGGAGGAGACCAAGUAAACAUCUGCUACCAUGGAAAAAUAGGGUCCGAAUUGCCAUCGAUGUUGCUAAUGCUUUGGAGUACCUUCAUUUUUAUUGUGAUCCUCCACUAUACCAUGGAGAUGUUAAGCCUAGCAAUGUCUUCUUGGACAAGAAUUACCUUGCAAAGCUUGCUGGCUGCGGUCUUGUGCACUACUCUAGUAGUGGCAAUACAACUCCUAGUUGCACACUAGUAAAUGUCAAGAUCCAAGCAACUCCUGAUGAAGGAACCAGUAUUUUGAAUGUAGUCCUGACCUCUGCAUCCGACUGUUAA